AUGAAUGAUAGUCUUAAAAUCUACGCUGAACUUCUCUCGGCCAUUCUUCGCUUCAACAGCAUUAGUACAAUCGUAUAUUUUGAUCCUGAGGAUGGAAAGGAACUGUGUCAAUUUGAUAGUUUGCUAUCAUGGAUGGGUAAGAGCAUUCCCUUGCUGCUGUGGCGGUCAGUGGAUGCCUUGAAGCUGCACAGCCUGAUCAAUGCACAGCUUGUAGUCGUGGCCUGUUUACCUGGACUCUUUCGCCUCGAUUUGCUAAAAACAAUUUCAACCAGCUUGCGCUACAUGCGGCAGACCAAACUACUCAUAGAAUUGGCCACCAAUGAGGAUGUGCCUUUGGUUAGCCGAGUGUUGCAGUAUUGUCUGCAAAAUCACAUGCUAAACGUUGCCACAAUCUCUGGAAACUUUGGGAACACAAAGACGUUGUACGUCUACGAUGCGUAUCCCGGCUUCAUGCUGAGGAGUCAAACAUUUUCGGAUCAGUACAACAUAUAUCCGGACAAAACGAUUGAUUUAAUGGGGUUCAGUAUACGCACAAUGCCAGACCUCUCUGAACCGAACACCAUACUCUAUCGCGAUAAGGAAGGCAAUUUGAGGCUGCUUGGCUACGUUUGGAAAAUGCUGGAGGAGUAUUCACGUAAACACAAUGCCAGCUUGCAACUGAUCGACGAGGUUAGAGAGCAAAAGUACCUGACCCACAUCCAAGUGUUGGACCUGGCACGCGAUAACAUCGUGGAUAUUGCGGCAAGCGUGCAACCAUUAACGCUGCGUCAUCUGGACCGCUACCAUGAGUACGCAUAUCCAGCAAAUAUCGCCAGCUGGUGUACAAUGCUGCCCAGGCAGCAGCUCGUGGAUAUGCGAGAGGCGUACAUGUGGAUGAUGCCAGCGCUCACCUUCUGCCUGUUGGCAGUGCUCUGGCUGAUCCACGAUCAGUUGAAAAGUCGUUGGCAGCGUUAUAGGCAUUAUCUUGGCAUUGGCUGGAAGGUGUUGGCCAUAAUGUUGACCUGCAAUGUGCAGGGCAGACUGCUUAUGCUGUUUGUUGCGCCCCCCGACAAGCCGCCCAUCCCCAACUUUGAUGCCCUUGUCAAUUCCAAGCUGCGCAUCUUCGGAAUGCGGUCUGAGCAUAAUUUGUAUGAUUUCGAUAUGCGCACCAAAUACGCGCAGGCAUUUUACCUCAGCGACAAGAUGCCGGAGCUGAUAUGGCUGCGCAACUCUCUGAACACAACCUACGCCUACACCGUAACCCAUACCAAAUGGCAGCUGUACGCGGAGCAGCUGUCAUACAGCGCACGGCCGUUGUUCUACUAUUCAGAGAACUUUUGCUUCUACCAAUAUGUGCCCUUUGCCUUGGUCAUUCCGGAGAACUCGCCGCAUCGUGCCACGCUGCAUCACUUCAUCUUGCAAUUGAGUGAAUCGGGCUUGCAUAACUAUUGGGUGGCCAAGAGUUUCUACUAUAUGGUUCAAGCGGGCAAAUUGAAAAUUCGGGAAUUUGGCGAAAAGCGUAGUUUCCAUUCGUUAAUGACUCAGGACCUUUUUGAAGUCCUGUUAGCGUAUCUAUUGGGUAUUACAAUUAGCCUGGCCUUCUUUGGCAGCGAGCUAUUUAUAUCUUACGCAACAUAUUGGCUAAAUAAUUAA